AUGAUAUUCUCGAUUUUGUCAUACUUCCUCCUGGCCGCAGUCACGGAAGCGCAGAACGUCGCAUCUGUCGUCUCUAGAUCAUCAGCACCCGCACCACUCCCAAGCACCAGACCUCCCACUCUACAGGCUCCAACUUACAUCAACGCCUUCACAUACACGACCCCAACAGCGAAAUGGACGACUCCAAGUUUCCCGCUUCCGACCUCAGAGCCACCACCAAAUUGUUCCGAGACAAUGUGCCCAGCUCUAGACGGAAAGACCUGCACGGACUCGCAGGGAUCACAGWAUGGUGUGCUAUGCAACACACGCUUUGGCGGGACUGUCAUCACGAGCGCCGGCAAACAUAAAUUGGAAAAGGCCAAGAAAGAUAAGAGGACUUAUACGGGGUCUCUGGACAGCUGUUUGGGAUUCUGCGAUAUGUAUAGCGUGAAGAUGUGUAAGGGAGCUGAUUUCACUGGUGGGUUUUGCCAUUACUAUGCGGUGAUCAGUGGGACUAUUGAUUCACCGGGCGAAGUGGCUUUGGUUCGCCAGUCGUAA